CCCUCCCCCUUUUGUUUACUAGGCGUUGUAGGCAUGCAAGAAAGCUAGUUGUGUCAGUCUAUGUAGCUAAAUAAACCUCUAUACCUAGCAAUCAGACAUGGCUUCAUACUCCCAUGGCUACUAUGGACUUAGUGGUGGUGGUGGUUCUUCCAAGACCGCUGAUUUUGGGCUAGCAGCAAGCAUGACCUUGCCCAUGGUCACUGCUGUGCCAGACUUAGAGGCAGAGGUUGCAGGACACGUUACUAUGCCUAAUGAGAAGAGGAAAAGGAAAAAGAAAGCUAGAUUUUCCACAGAUAUAGAGCAACUACAAGAAACUGAGGAGCCUGAACAAGGAGAGGUUGUGCUAAGAAAUCCAUCAAAGAAGCCAUCCUGGCGUUCACGUUUGAGCGGUAUUUUCAGAAGGAAUAGCACUAGGGAAGAGAAAAGGGAAGAUGCAGAAGAGGCUGUUCCAGUGCAAGAAGCAUCUGUUAGUCGAUCAGUUGCUGAAAGUGAUCUCCCUGCAAGAUCAAGAGCAUUGGAUGAUUCCAAAGUACUUGUCAAAAAGUUGAAUGCAAAGAGAAAGAAAAGCAACAAGAGAGAUGCUCAGAGCCGCUUUAAUGACUCCUCGGAUAUGCCAUACAUGAGAGGAGAGGAGAGAUCUUCACCUGAUCUCCUGAAGCUUGCUCUAAGACCAAAAAAUGCUUCAAGUGAUUUCAAAGACAUUCGAGUAACUCUACGACGAAAGCCCGAUGGAUUUGGAAUCCAUCUGUCUGGAGGACUACCUCCUAUCUCAGUGACUUAUGUCCAGCCAGGGAGUGAGGCUGAAAGUGCACGGAUUAUAGUGGGUGAUUUCGUGACAGAGGUGAACGGUCAUGACUGUCGCAGAGCAGUAGGCAUUUCACGCAUCAUGGAAUUGAAAACUCUUAUCCAGCAAACGUCCAUCGAGCAAGAAGAAACCACUGUUGAUGAUGGAGUAUGGGAAAAAAUUAAGGAAAAGCAAGAAGAGUUGGAGUCAGACAAUUCAGAGGAUGGAGAAAUCACACGCAUCGAUGACACCACUGAGAGCGAAGAAGAACCGCCAAUCAAAGCACCACAGAAAGUUGAGACGCCUAAAGUAAAACUGCCCAAGGAAAAGUCCUCAAAGGUGAAGCAGCCAAAGGCAACUGUAUCGUUGGAGAUAGAAACGCCAAAGAAAAAGUCGACGAGAUCGAAAUCCCCCAAAGUGGCUUAUGAACCUGUUGAUAUGAAUCCUAAAUCUUCUACACCAAAGAAAUCAACAAAGAAGAAAAAGAAGCGACCAGCUCCUGAUUUAGACCCUCUUAUGGAUACAUCUGCUAUCACAACUCCACUCUCUUCUCCAAUAAAAGAUCUUUCCAAGUCUGGAAAUGACAGCAGUUUGGUGACCGUGGGAAUCAUCAAGAAGCCAAAACGAAAGAAGACAGAAUCUCGCCAGGAAUCAAAGCGAACAGAAACUGAUGGAGAUAGUAGCUUGAAUGAGAAAUCCAUGAACAGAUCAAGUCUUGUUGAUACGUCAGCAACAACGAAUGAGUAUGCUUCGUACAGCAAUGAACCAGUGAAGAAAUCGAAGAAAAAGAAGAGAAAAUCUGUUGAAUCUCCCCCGGCAACUAGCGAAGUGGAUGAUAGCAUGACUGCUCCCGAUGAUUUGAAUCAAAGCAAUGAAAAAUUGCUACAAGAAUCAAGUACAGUUGAAGUAAAACCAAGGGAUUCUGAGAGCAAGAAAGUUGACAAAACAACUGGCAAAUCGAAAAAGAAGGCAAAACCAAUGGACUCAUCUUUAGUAGAGCCUGCAAGUAAGAAGCGUUUGAAGUCACCUGCCUCGGGCUCGGGCUCAAAACUUAAGACCAAAAAAUCUGUUGAAGAGAGUGAUGAUUUGGAGUGGGUUGACUAUGCACAGCCGGUAGCUAUCAAUCCUGUUGACAGAAGGAAAAGUGUUGAUAUCGCAGACCAAGACAUGGGUUUGCUUCAGAUUAAUUCUCAGAAGCGGUCAACAUCCUACCAUGACUUGGACAAAGAAGAACGUAAAAUGUUUCGCGAGGAGCUUCGACAAGCCAGCAAAAGUGAAUAUGAUAUAAAGGAAAAGGCUAACGGCGGACCAAAGGUAGAUAUCAAUCCUGAUGUGAAAGUGAAAAAGUCCGGGAAGGUUGUUGCAAAACGAAACAAGCGUCCAACCAUUUUAGAAACUGACGGGGAUGAAGUAGGAAAUGAAAAUGGAGAAGAAAUCCUGGCAAGAAAAAAGGGUAAACGGCGACAGAGAAACAGUCAGGUGAUGGAUGUAGACAUCUCUGCAGUCCCCCAGACUAAACCUUCCCUAGGACUAAAACACGGACAUGAGAAGCGGGAUGUUGUCUCCCGUAGUUCUUCAAAGCGAAGACCUGCUAGCAAGCGUAAAACUCUUCUACUAGACUCCAAGAAAGAGGUCCUGAUGGGCAAUGAGAGAGUGGAUCUUUCAGAACCAGAGGAUGGAAGACUACUUAGACAACCUUCUCAAGAGCCACAGAUGGCAGUCUCCAGUAAGCCUGAAACAGUACCAGAGAAACCUCAGAUUGAAGAGCCUCAGCCAGCGACUGUACCCACCAUACCUCCAACUACCACCACCCCUACCGAGCAAUCUGCUGAUGUCAACCAACCUAUGUCCCGCCCACGACGACAGAGCAUUAUUGAGUACAUGGAAUCACUGCAAAAAAGUAAAUACAACUCUCUGUCCAGACCCACCUCCCCACCUCUAGCCACACACACUGAGCUUAAGGAAGAGGCCAUAGCUCCCGUGCAAACACAAAGCAUUAACACUGGUGCUGCUAAAGGGGUUUUUGAGGCUCAGGGGACUCCACCCUCUCACAAGACAGAGAAAAUAGACUUACUGUCACUCGCACGACUCACCGGUGGAGGUCAAAAGACAAAAACUGUGGACCAGCCUGUGAAAAAACUGGGAAUAGCUAGUGAACCAGUAAAGAAGGACAAUGUGCCAUCCUGGGUAUCCCUUGCACAGAGUAAGCGGAACAGAGCCAGUGUGGUGGUGCAGGACAACAAACCAGACACCCCGAGCCAGCCAACUCAACCCGUCCCACCCGCCUCACCCACAGCAGACUCUCUAGUCUCUAAGAAGCGUGAAGAUGUCUCCAUCCCCAAAAUGGGAACAGUGCUCGACAGACUGUCUAUGUUUCAAAGAAAGUAGUUACUUCAUGUGUUACAUACUUUUUGCGUAGUUUUUAUUACACCAGUAUACUUAUAGUUCCCUUAGUCUCAAACUUUGCACUUCUAUACAACACAAUUGUUUUGAUCUCAAACCGUUCUUUAUAAUUAUACUUAAACAUGAUUGUUUUAUACAACAUCAA